AAUUUUGAGUAAUCAGCUAAAACAACAUUUAUAUAACAAGUACGAGGUCGAUAGCAUAACUUAAUGUCACGCUGAUAGGCUAAUUAAUGUAUUAAAUCAUAUCUGCGUACCUUGGUAUUAUAAUCUUUAUUAAUCUAUUAAUGUAAAAUGCAUAUGUUUGAAUACAUUUGUUUUAUAAAAACGAUAAUUAUAUACAUUGUGUCUCCGCAUCUGUUUCCCUUUUUUAGCUUCGACUCAGAUUAUCCGCGCAUUGUCCAGAGAAAAAAAAGACGGGUCGUUACAAUUUCAAGAAACAUAGAUUCUAAGUGCAUGCUCUAUGCAAUUUGGGCAACGCAUUUUUUGUUCAUUACGCUCUGCGUUUUAGGUGUAACUUAUAGACGCGUGUCUCUCCGUAGUAACGAGGAUUCGCGUUCACUAUUGUGAUGGCGGACAAGUACGGUAACAUUGUGCAUCAUGUUUGGCAGGAGAUGACCAGUGAAGAUAAGAGAUAUGCAGCGGAACAUUUGAAUGAAACUGACGAAAUUAGAGAGAUCGCUAUCGCGGAGAUUAGACACUGGAUCAAAGAAAGCGACGAUUUCCCCGCAGAAAUUGAUGAUUUUUUUAUUUUGCGAUUUUUGAGAGUUGGCAAAUUUGAUUUCGAAAAAACUAAGAGCAGAAUUCAAAACUAUUAUAAGCAACGAUCCAAGUUACCGGAAUGGUACAGAAAUAAGGAUCCAUUCCAACCGGAACUGCAAGAUUUGCUUGAUUUGGGGAUACAUUUGCCUCUGCGAAAACUGGAUAGUCAAGGAAGAUUGGUUAUGCUCAUGCGCCCUACUCUGCAUGAUCCAGAAAGAAAUAAGAUAUCAGAUAUAACUAAGGCCUAUAUAUUGGCGAUGGAAGCGGCAGUAAAACAUUAUCCUACAACAUCUUUGUAUGGUUGUUUAUUGUUCAUAGACCUAACUAAUGUAACUACACGUCAGAUGUUUCACCUUAAACCCUACGAUAUAAUGAAUUACGUCCAACUAUGGCAAAACUGCUAUCCUAUGAGAUUUCAGAAAAUUGUUUUCUUCAACACGCCAAUAAUCUUCGAUAUAGUUGUAAGAAUUUUCAAAUCUUUUAUGACCAAGAAGAUGAAGAGCAGAUUUUACAUUUACUCAAAUGCACUGCACUGUUUUGAAGAUAUUCCAGCUAAUAUCUUGCCUGUCGAAUAUGGUGGUACUGCUGGUACAUUUCAAGAAUUAACAGAGUAUUGGAAAAAAGAUAUAGAGGAAAAUCGUGAUUGGCUUAUGAAAGAUGAAAAUGAUCAACCAAUCCAGACAGAUGAACUUGAAAAGACAAAUUUUGAAGAAAUUACUCAUUUGUAAAUCUGUCACAAAUAAAUUAACACUAUUAAGAUAAUCAAUUAUUUCCAAAAAGGUAAGAAUUAAUUGAAUUCUAAAGUGUAUAUGAACUGUACUACGUAUAAAUUCAUAUAACAAUUUUACUCAAUAUGUAUAAUAUAAAUAUUUACUUUUAUAAAAUAUUGAAAGAAUUAAUCGAAGAGGACUGCAAGUUUCUUACGAUGAGAAUGACAAUAUCGAAUAACAUAUUAGAUAAGAUUUAGGUCGGUGUAUUUAGAAUUAACAGAAAAUAUUUGUUUUUAGCAUAAGUUUGAAUAUAUUUCGUUUAUUUCGUUUAUUUUGCAAAUUUUGAGAAGCAAUUUUUGUUCUUCUUUUGCUGCAUACGAUGAUAUAUGUCUUAUUAAUGAUACAAAUGGAUAUAUAUAUAAACGGAUAAAUAGAAAAUAAAAUCUUUUAAGGAAGAUUGUAGUUAAUUUAUAAUCUUUACUUAUCACUAAUUUUAAUUAAUAUAUCACCAAAAUAUGUAAUGUCUCGAUUGGACGUGACGACUUAAACGUGACUUUUUUACAAAUAAGAAUUUGGUUAAUUAUUUAUACAAAAUGUUGUUUUUGAUUAAAAUAAAGUAAUAUUAAAUAAUUUUAGUAAAUCGUCGUUUUUUUUAUUCAGUUAGGGCUGUAAAAUUGAAUAUUGAAUAGCGAAUGAAAAAGAUUACCUGUUUUAAAGUUUGUUAAAGAUAAAAUGUUAUGUAAACGUUUAUUAAAAUAAUUGGAAUAAUUAGUCACACAAUGUAGAGAAAUACAUUGAAAAAAUAUAUUGGAUAAUCACAUGCAUUCAGAAGAUUAAUUGCGCAUCGCUGCUUAAAAUACGCAUAUAAUAAUAUGCGUAUAAUAAUAUGCAUAUAAAUAUAAUUUAGACACAAGUUCCAAGAAAAUGAUAUUAAAAAAUUAUUGUAUGUAUAUGACGUCAACAGUUAUCAGCAAGGUUAUCAAUAAAACAUUAUUCGUUGUAAAACCAACUUAUCUUUUAUGUGUUACGCAUUAACGCAUUCCGUGUCAUUUUUCUCUUCUUUUCCGAAUUUAUAGUUAUUGAAGAAUUUUGUAAAAUCUAACAAAGUGACUCUCAGAUCUGUUAAGAAUCGGCUUAUCGGUUUGCGCAAUUCGUACGUUGUCGAUCCGGGUUUGACAGCAGGCCGCGUACGUGCAUCAGCGCGCACAUUUAAAGGUGAGCAACGAUACCAGCCAAAGAUCGUUGCCCGAUCCAAAAGAUUUUUAACAAUAAAACAAUCAGGAAAACCGAGUAUUUCCGCGAUUUUAUUUCGUCAUACUCCACUUCCCAAAUUGAGAACUUCGCCGUCAAUCAAUCCGGGUAUAAAAGGAGACGACGCGAGAGAAGAGACGAAUUUUUUCCAACCAGCUAGUCACCGCAGACUCCUGGUGCUAACUCGCCUGAUAAACUAAGACGUCUGAGUUUCUCGGCCCCGGCCAGGAAAGUGCUGGCCGUUUAAUUGAAGUUUCU